GUCAAUGUCAGUCAAAUCAAAGUCAACAUCCAACGGCGGAUAUUUUUUUAAAUAUUUUCAUUCAUGGAUUACAAUUUAAUUAUUUUCUUUUAAAUUACAAACUUUUGAUAAAAAUGGAAACUAAGACCGCGCAGAAUAGACAACAGAACCGAUUUUUGAAGCUUUCUCUGAAGAAAUCCAGACCAAAACCGACCCAGGACAUUGUUAAACAUAACAGAAGUUCAGACGUUAUUGUACUUGACGAGUCUUUUGAUAGACUGAGGAAUGAUUUAGUAAAUAAUGUGCAAACUAGUCACAAAAUAUAUUCACCGAUAACUAUAAAUGACUCCUGUGAGCUGUCAUUUAAGGAUGAACUGCCUAAAAUUAGUUUUAACAAGGAAUCAAGCAAGAAUGGCAGUUUCUCCUUCAACUGUUCACAAGAAGACACAACACCAUCAAAAGAAUCGCGACCCAGUAUUGGUGGCUGGUCACCGGCACAAAACAUCCUUUGUGCAACACCCAGACACGAACCCACACCGUCUUCCCCCCGAGACAUAGCCAACGAAUCACAAGAACAAUGCUCAAUAAAAAAAAUACAUUUAUCACAAAAGAAACUUUUAAACGAUUUAUACGGAGAUCAAUGGAAAUCAAUACCCAAGUUAUUCAAAGCCAUAAAAGCUAAAUAUGAAAAUGACACAGUCUCAAAAAAACUAGAAUUCGAUGACGAUGCAAGUGACAAAGAAAAUAUAAGACAUGAUUUGAAACGCAACAAAAUGUUGUACUUAACAAAUUCUGAGAUAAAACGGAGAGAAGAUUUGGCUACGGAUACAGAGAGAAAAUCUAAGAAGAAGUUGUAUACCGAAAAGGUACCGAGUACACCGGAGGUUCCUAAAAUCACUAGGAACGUAAAUAGUACUACGAAAAAGAAUAAAGUGAAAAAGGCUAUGAGUGUUACCGAGUUGGUAGAGAUGAAUAUUAAGAAAGAUAUUGAAGUGUUGACAAAAAAGGUUGGUAGUGUUGCUGUUACGCCGAGAGUGGAAAUUUGUAAGAGGUUAAGCUUCAUCGGUUCUUUAGCAGACAACGUCCCAUCUUGGCGAUGCCACAUAGAAGCCAUACAGUACAUAGAUAACUUUAAAACUCUGAAAGAACAACUGACAAGGAGGUUGUUUGUUGAGUUUAACAAAGGAGUAUUUGAUGACGCCAUAGACAAUGAUCUGCCUAUCAUUUGGGAUACCAAGUUCCGGACUACUGCUGGAACAACAACAAACCGCUUAAUAAAGAACGCUAGAGGUGACCGCAUCAGAACUUCCACCAUCAAGUUAUCAAGUAAAGUGGUGGAUGGACCUCAGAGGUUGAGAGACACCCUCAUUCAUGAGCUCUGUCAUGCAGCUACGUGGCUCAUUGACUCGGAACUGAGAGCUGGACAUGGACCUUUGUGGAAUAAAUGGGCCAAGCGCGCACUGAUGGUUUAUCCUGAGCUAGGCGAGAUAUCAAGAUGUCAUGACAUGAACAUACAUUAUAAGUAUUGUUACAAAUGUACCAAGUGUGGAUAUAGCAUAAAACGCCAUUCAAAAUCGAUAGAUAUAACUAAAAAAUGCUGCGGCUAUUGCCGUGGAACUUUCGAGUUGAUUUUAAACAAGAAAAACAAAGAUGGAGUCGUGGUAUCAACUCCCGCUAGGAAAGGCAACACGAAUGAAUUUGCUUUGUACGUCAAAGAGCAUUAUGCCACGCUUAAAGAUGGGACGAAGACUCAUGCGCAGGUCAUGAAGAUUUUAGGUGAACAAUUUUCGAAAAGUAAAGGCACUUGAUGGUAGCAGAAAUAACAUAUUUGUAAGUACUAGUUUGAAUUUUUAGUAGAAAGUAUCCGGUUUUGAGUGGUUGUGUAACAGUUUGUGGUAACAAGUUGGUUUAAAUUAUUCAGAAAAAGAAAACAAAAAAAUACUUAUCAUUGCUGCCAUUUUGUAUGGCUUGACCAUUUGUUUCUAAAAACCAGUGUUUUGGACAUGUGAAGUAUUGGGAACUUCUUAAUUGAUAUUAUUCAAAAGUUUUUGGUUAUAAGACAUAAUUUUGAUAUCCAAUUUACCUAUGGAUGUGCCUUACUAUACAGGAAUAAAUAAAUCUGUCGGUAUGAUUUUAAAAUAUAGAUUAAUAUGAAACUAUGUAUAAAUAUGUAAAUCGGACAUAAAUAUCAAACUUUUUUGAUUAUGUGAAUUUUGUACAAGUAAAUUUAAUAUAAUUUACAAGAGUUUGUUAGGUAAGUAUAUAUUGUUAAUUCUAAUUAAUUAAUAUAUAAUUUUAUUUGUAGACUAAUUGUACAGGUUACAAUGAAUUUUUGACUGUUUCUUAAUUUGUAAUAAUCUUGCCUUUAAUUAGGUUGGAAUAGAUAUUGAAUGAAUUAUUCUGAACGUGUAUUCUUAUAAUAAGCAAUAUUAAAUGGGACAAUGUAUAUU